GCAUUUCAAAAAUGAAACGUUAAAAAAAUUUAUAUUAAUUUAAUAAAUGACGCAAAUAUGCAUCUAGACAUAGUGACUGAUCAGCGUAUGAUUAUAAAUUGCUGCGCGCUGAAAAUAACAAAGCUUUUUAGUGGAUAAAAAGGUAUUAGAUGGAAAAAAGAAGUAAAGCAAGAAAAAUGUGGAUAUAAAUGCAAAGAGUGAUAGAUUUAACUUAAUUAAGUGAUGGUCCGCAAGACAAAGAAUCAAACAGAUGCUUGCCCAUCAAAAAACAGUGGAAAUGAUUCAGAUAAAGAGCGAAAAACUUUCUUGUUAUUAUCCUUUCCAAUUAUUCUUGUGUUUAAUGUUUUAAAGACUUUAUUAUUUGAACUUUUUAUUAUUUUAAAAUUCGUUUAUAAUACCUCAUCAAGAAUACUCAAUAAGCCGUCGAAUCAAACUGAAGAAGUUAACUUGGAAACUGUGAACGGGUCAGAAGAUAUUGACACUUCAAUGGAUAUGCUACAAAGACAGAAAUAUCACCAUAAAAGAGCCUUUGAGUACAUUUCGCAAGCUUUGAAAAUUGACGAAACUCAGAAUUCAGAGCAAAAGGAAAUUGCCAUCAACCUUUACCAAGAAGGAAUCAACGAACUUUCUCGUGGAAUCAACAUAGACGUGUGGCAAGGCACGGGCGAGAAAUGGAUAAAAGCGCAAAGGCUACAUGAUAAAAUGCAAACAAACCUAGCGAUGGCUAAAGAUAGAUUAAACUUCUUAGAAUUAAUGAUGUCUGAGCGUACAAAACUGUUGAAUCAGGAACGUCGUAAAGUAGCAGCAAAUGUACAAUCAGUCACAGACAAAAUGAAUCGUUUAACGAAUCGUAAAAGCUCAUUGCAAAAGCCUUAUUUGGUCAAUGAGUAUGCAUGCAGUGAUAAAGGAGAAAAGGUUGUGACAUUUAAUAAUACUAAAAACAGCAAUCAUUCCACUUCAAAAACUACGUCUUCUUCUGAAGCUACGGGUAAACUGUCAAGUCGUAGACCAGCUAAUCUAACCAUCAUGAAUAAAUCGCAAACAUUGCCACGCAACAUGUCUAGAGCACUUACUCAUGUUAAUAAUACGACAAUUCCAAAGAAGCCGGCGACACCACCAGCAGUACGACGACAAUUUUCAGCCUCAGGCUCAUCAUCGCCUAGAAAAACAAAUUUCUCUGGACGUGCAACUCCGCCCUUAAGGUCUCGUACACCACAAGGACAACAGCCAACACAAAAUAUAAUUUCUGUUAAAGGUGUGGAACAAAAACUAGUACAAACCAUUAUGGAUGAGAUAAUUGAGGGUGGACAGAAGGUUGAGUUUAAUGAUAUUGCUGGAAAUGAGGCAGCAAAGCAAGCGUUAAAAGAAAUGGUGAUACUACCAGCUGUACGACCUGAAUUGUUUACUGGAUUGCGAACACCAGCUAAAGGACUUUUACUAUUUGGACCACCAGGUAACGGUAAAACAUUGCUGGCAAGAGCAGUUGCAAAUGAAUGUGCCGCAACUUUCUUUAGUAUCUCAGCUGCAUCAUUGACUUCAAAAUACGUGGGCGAUGGUGAAAAAAUGGUUCGAGCAUUAUUUAGCGUUGCGCGUGAACUUCAGCCAUCAAUUAUUUUUAUCGAUGAGAUUGAUUCAUUAUUAUCUGAGCGUAGUCAAAGUGAACAUGAGGCAUCGAGACGAUUAAAGACGGAAUUUCUCAUACAAUUCGAUGGACUUCCGACUAAUAGCACGGAGAGUGAGAAAAUUGUCGUUAUGGCUGCUACAAAUAGACCAACAGAUUUAGAUGAAGCUGCGCUUCGUCGUUUUCCAAAGAGAGUUUAUGUCACGCUUCCUGAUUUUGACACACGACUUGUAUUGCUUUCUAGUCUUUUGCAAAAGCAAAAUAGUCCGCUUAAAGAAGAUGAAUUGAAGAUACUUGCACGCGCCACUGAAGGAUAUUCGGGAUCUGAUUUGACUGCUUUAGCCAGAGAUGCAGCAUUGGAACCGAUUAGAGGGCUCGAUUUAGAGCAAGUAAAAGAGAUGGAUUUAUCAAAAGUCCGAAGCAUCACAAUGUCAGAUUUCCAUAAUUCAUUAAAAAGGAUCCGAAAGUCAGUCAGUCCAGCAAGCUUGAAGGAAUUUGAGAGAUGGUCGCAGGAGUAUGGAGUAAAGAAUUAAGAGACUUAGAUUAAAAAUUAAAUUAUUGCUGCUUACUUUAUUUGAUUAAUUAGUAAUUUUUUAAGUAAUUUGUCCGAUAAAAGGACGAAAAAGUGAAAAAGACAUUGCAUCCACUAAAAUUCAUUUGUACUACACACACACACAUUUUAUAUCUCUUGAAACUCAUGUGUUGAUUAAUUUUAAUCGUAUUUGACUAUCUUUUAAAUACUUUUUUUUGUGCUAAUGAAAUAAAUUGCUAAGAAAGAUUUUUAAAGCUUA